AAAGCAAAAGUCCUAACUUUGCAGAAGAAACAGCCACUGCCAAACUGCAGUAUUACAAAGUUGUUGGGAGUUGUUUUUAAAAUUUCCGUGUUUCAAGAUAUCACAGGUAGUGGCCACCUUACCUCUUCAUUAGGAAAGGUUAGAGAUACAUUUUCAUCCCAAGCCACAGACCGGGCUCAAUUACAGCUUUGUGGCAGGAUAAGGUUAAGAGAGGUGGAGUGGGCAGGGACGAGGGAGGGAGACAGAAGCAGAAAAAUCAAUUCAGAUUACUUUGAUGACAGUGACUUCCAGUCUUCUCUGAAAGACACAAAUCUCCACGAUGCUGGCAGCCCGGACAGGGGCAGCGGGGAGUCAGAUCUCAGAGGAGAACACCAAGUUAAGGAGACAGUCUGGGUUUUCUGUAGCAGGGAAAGACAAAUCUCCCAAGAAAGCCUCAGAAAAUGCUAAAGACAGCAGCCUUAGCCCUUCAGGGGAAAGCCAGCUCAGGGCGCGUCAACUGGCUCUGCUGCGCGAAGUGGAGAUGAACUGGUACCUAAAGCUCUGCGACCUGUCCAGCGAGCACACCACCGCUUGCACCACGGGCAUGCCGCACAGGAAUCUUGGAAAAUCAGGACUCAGAGUUUCUUGCUUGGGUCUUGGAACAUGGGUGACAUUUGGAGGUCAAAUUUCAGAUGAGGUUGCUGAACGGCUGAUGACAAUCGCCUAUGAAAGUGGUGUUAACCUCUUUGAUACUGCUGAAGUCUAUGCUGCUGGAAAGGCUGAAGUGAUUCUGGGGAGCAUCAUCAAGAAGAAAGGCUGGAGGAGGUCCAGUCUGGUCAUAACAACCAAACUCUACUGGGGUGGAAAAGCUGAAACAGAAAGAGGGCUGUCAAGAAAGCAUAUUAUUGAAGGAUUGAAGGGCUCCCUUCAGAGGCUGCAGCUGGAGUAUGUGGAUGUGGUCUUUGCUAAUCGACCAGACAGUAACACUCCCAUGGAAGAAAUUGUCCGAGCCAUGACACAUGUGAUAAACCAAGGCAUGGCGAUGUACUGGGGCACCUCGAGGUGGAGUGCUAUGGAGAUAAUGGAAGCCUAUUCUGUAGCAAGACAGUUCAAUAUGAUCCCACCAGUCUGUGAACAAGCUGAGUACCAUCUUUUCCAGAGAGAGAAAGUGGAGGUCCAGCUGCCAGAGCUCUACCACAAAAUAGGGGUUGGUGCAAUGACGUGGUCUCCACUUGCCUGUGGAAUCAUCUCAGGAAAAUACGGAAAUGGGGUGCCUGAAAGUUCCAGGGCUUCACUGAAGUGCUACCAGUGGUUGAAAGAAAGAAUUGUAAGUGAAGAGGGGAGAAAACAGCAAAACAAGCUAAAAGACCUUUCCCCAAUUGCAGAGCGUCUGGGAUGCACACUACCUCAGCUAGCUGUUGCGUGGUGCCUGAGAAAUGAAGGUGUGAGUUCUGUGCUCCUGGGAUCAUCCACCCCUGAACAACUCAUUGAAAACCUUGGUGCCAUUCAGGUCCUCCCAAAGAUGACAUCACAUGUGGUAAAUGAGAUUGAUAACAUAUUGCGCAACAAGCCCUACAGCAAGAAGGACUAUAGAUCAUAAGGCAAUGCAUGAACCACAGAAGCUGCAUGGUUAAAAUAGCGGCCUGUGCCCAGUACAGAAAGGUGUUACUAACCAGUCUUUUCAAUCACUUAGCAGCUUGCUGCUCAACCUCUAGUGUCCCUCCCUGGAUUCUCUGAGGUGUCUGCUGUCGCUACCACUGUGCACAUCUGAAAACUCACAACCAAGAAAAUCCAUUCUAUUUUCUUAUCUUGGACUGGAGUCACCUAUUCUUGCAUUGCUGUAUACACCUCAUGCUUAUGCAAUGGGAAGAAUAUGGGGGCCGGGGGGUGAUGUAUUACCUUCAGGCAUUUGGUAACUCAAAGAAGGCUGUACAGAUAUAUUUUUUCAAAAGAACAAAAUCCACAGAUGCAAUGUGAGUUGCAUAAGAAACAGAGUAGACAGACUAAAUUCAGUGAAGGAAAGGAAUUCAGAGAUUUUUCUUAGGAAAUAGAUUCUUGUUAAGUAAAUAGUUAUUAAAAAUAUAUCUCACUGCAAAAACAAAAAAAAACAAAAAAACAAACAAAAAAAUAAACAGUAUCUUCACUCAAAAGUCUUGCUUGGAAGAAUAAGCAGAAAGAAUUUUAUAUAUUUUUUUUUCUAUUUUCACAUUCAUAUUAACACGUUUUGUUCCAUUUGUUGUUCAACAAAACUACAAUUUCUGGGUAUUUUGGCUUUAUUACCUUUCAAAUAUUUACUGUUGCUUGGCCCCAAGAAUGGCCUUGUACAACUUAUCCAGAAUGUCUAUUAGGAUUCUAAUGUUAUAUCCACUUACAAGUAGUGACAGUAAAAGGAUGAAUACCCCAAUCUUUAGUGACAUUGCAGCUGAUUUAUAAAAGAGAGGGCUACACUGCUACGGAAACUUAGCUUUGAAGAAAAUGCAAUGUAUCUGCAAUUAGGUGUUCAUUUGUUACUACAUUUUUAUUAAAACCUGCUUUAUACUGUCAACUGCUUGGAGGCACAAUUUCUGCAAGUUUAAAUAUUUGAGCUUUAAAAAUAAACAUAAUACAUGCUCAGUUUUUUAAGUAAACCUGUAAAAUACCCAGAAAGGCAAAUGUUGAUUGUUUAAUUAGCACUGGGAUUUUCAACAUGUUUGGUAUUUUUGAAGCGUUGUUAACAUGAAAGUCAACCACUGGCUUUGUGAAAAAAUGCUAUGUCACUAUUCAGAAUAUGCUGGGUAAAUUAACUUGCCUAGUGAAAAGCAAAAUGUUAAAGAACUUCUGGUUAUAUAAUAUUAUAUGCACUAAACUAUAUGCAUGAAAGUUCUUUGCAUGGAUUAAUGGGGCUUACCCUUGUUGCACUCGAAAUCUGAGGUAUAUCUAGCCCUGCCACUAUUGGCUACUUACCCUCAUUAAUAUCCCACUUGAGAAAAAUUGUGAGAAUAUACUGUGUCAAUAUCUGUAAAAAGAGAGAAAAUAUGUUUUUUGUUUUUGAAGGGGGUGGUGUGGAGGUGGCCCUUUAACUUUAUUUGGAUAUCUGAGGAUGUACAAAAUUCUAAUUUAAUUUUCUGGUCAGCAACUUCCCCAUACAGAAAUCACUUUGAGGUUUACAGAAGAAUUGUAGUAUCAUUUUAAAAUGUUAUUUUCUGUCAUUAUUUCUAAAUGUGUAUUUCAUGGUUAAAUUCUAAAUCUGAAAAUGCUAGUGGGAGAUAUCAAGAAAUUUUCUUUUUGAUUACCAGUACCUGUAUUCUAACAAAGUUUGAAUUUUUUGCCCGAAUAUCAGAAUGAUGGAAAUUGAUCAUUUUUUCAGUUGUUCAUUGUGUAUUCAAUCCAGUGAACUGCUGUACGUAUAGAGGAGCUGAGGUGCCGUCUAAUGGGAAAUGUGAUUUAUUUGCUUAGAGUAAUAAAAGCAUUUUGUGCAUUAAAUCUCA